CCUACUGCCUUCGGUCUGUCCUUACCACAGCAAACCGAGCUUCUAAGAUCGUCUCGACCAAGAAACUCGUUAACCGGCUGAGGCUGUCGCGAUGGGAGGGCACGGCGGGUUGAAUAUUCUGCCGCAGAAGCGGUGGAACGUGUAUAACUACGAGAACCGGGAGAAGGUGCGCAAGGACGAGGCGGAGCAGUCUGCGCGCGAGCAGGCGCUGGCGGAAGAGCAGCGCCUCCGCGACAGCGAGUUGCGCCUUCAAACGCUCCGCGCUCGCUCGCGCCAGCAGCAACUCCCCCUUCCCCAGCAGCAGGAGCAGGGGCGUUUAACGUCCCCCCAGGACCAGGCGGAACCGUCGGCGGAAGUUGCGGCCGACGCCGUCUCACGCGCUUUAAGUUCACGCGAUUCGGUGCAGCAAGCGGACGUGCUUAAAUCGGGUCACAUAAACCUCUUCGAAGGGCUGGACUCGGCUGAUUUCUCCGCGUUAGCGUGUGGCACAGCGGGCGCGCAGGCGACUGACGCGGUGAAGCCCGGGCGAGCGCAGGAGCUGUGGGAGAAGGAGCACAAGGCGGGGGAGGAGGAGAGGCAUAGACUGGGGUACGGAGCGGUGGGGAAGGGUGGGCAGCAGCCCUGGUACGCGCGAGCGGGUGACUUGACGGUGGGGAAGGGGGAGGGAGGAGCGGGGAAGAAUGGGGGGGAUGAAGGAAAGGGGGCAACUGGGAAGAGGAGAUUCGUGGAAGCAGUGGAGGCGAAAACGAAGUCACGAGGAGUGAAGAGGGUUGCGCUUGGAGAAGGCACUCGGCCACACAUUGCCCCUGCAGCCGCAGCAGCAGCCAACAACGACGAUGAUGAUCGUGAUGAGGACGUUCCCAGUGCAAGGCACAAGAAGAGGAGGAAGCAGAAGCGCCGACGGGGCCGGUCUCCCUCACCGCACUCGUCCCCCACAUCGUCAUCAAGCAGCGACGGUCACAAGGACACACGGCACCAUCGGGGCAGAAAACACACAAGGGACAUCAGGUUGGGCAGAUUGGCCAGGUCUCCGUCUCUCGACUCCCCUUCCUCCACAUCAGUUCCAAGCAGUGGUGCUGAUAAGCACGCUCUCAGUCCAAGGCACAAGAAGAAGAGGAAGCACAAAAGGGGCAGGUCCCCUUCCCCUGACUCGUCCCCCACAUGGUCGUCAAGCAGCGAUGGCCACAACGACAGACGCCACGAUCGUCCCAGAAAGCGCAUAAGGAGCAUCAGGUCCCCUUCCCCAGACUCGUCCUCCACAUCAGUAUCAAGCAGCGACGACGAUGAUAACCGCCACCGCCACCGCCGCCACUCAAGGAAACAGCGUCAUAAGAAGCACCCGAAAGAACAGUCCUCUUCUUCUGAUGGCUCCUCCUCUCAGGAUGUGUCUUUGUCCUCAGACAGCAGCGACAGUGAUAGCCCAAUCGGGGAGCAGCGGGGAAGCAGGCGUAGGCACAGAGGCGGGGAUUGGUCCAAGGGGAGGGGUGGAGGCAGACGCAAAGAGCACGGCGUGAGGAAGAGUCAUGGGAAGGAGACCAGGGGGGAGUUGGACGAAGGCAGGAGGAGAAUGGCUGGGAGAGGAGAGAUGGGAGAGAGAGGUAAGGAGGAGGGGGCGAGAUCCCGUGGUGAAGGCACGAGAGGAGCUGGGAAGAGGAGCAUAGAGGCGCUGAGAGCAGAGAGAGUUGCACGGGAGGCUAAGGAGAGGGAGAGGGCGCAGGUGCUGUUGCUGCAGCACCACCAGACGACUGGGGGGAGAGCAGGAGGGGGCCUGCUUGGCCCUGGAGCAGCAGGGGUUGGGGGGGGUGCGUCAGGGGUGAGGGAGCUGGGAUGUGGGGUUGAAGGGAGGGAUGGUGGGUUGUUUGGGGGCAUUGUGAUGCACGGGCCUGAAGCAGGGCAGAGGAGAAAGCAAGCUCGGUAUAAUUCUGGGUUUGGUUAUGGUCGGUGAACUUGCUUCAGAAAAACGUGGGUCGUCUUGUGUCCCGUCUGCUUGGCGAGCUUGCCAUAGCUGGUGUUUUUCCACGAAGUAUUGAAAAAAAUUAGGGUGUCCAUUGCCGAGUAGCUUAUCAAAAGCCACUGGAGGCAGGUUGGUUGUGAUUUACUGUACGGUAUCUGAACUAGGCACUGAUACUUGGUGAUGCUGCCAAGCAGAAAACAACCUGUUAC